AUGGGGUACCAGGCCUGGCUACCGCCAGGGACAGAUGCGAUCCUAAGUGAGGCCCUGAGCGCAAAGGAAGAGCUGCGGAAGGCUGCGGCCCAGAGCGGUGCGUUCCCGCCCAAAACAGCAAGCAUAGUGGAGCCCUACCACACCAACCUCAUCAGCAAGCUGCUCGCCGUUGUCGCUGCUUUUCUUUCCCUGCCCUACCUGGCAUACAUUUGGUGUCAUCGGCGUCAGGGCAUGCUCUGCUUCGGCACCUUCUUCUUCAUGGGAGAGGUCUCGAAUGUGAUUCUGGGUUUCAUCAAUCGAGCAGUCAUGUGGCACCGACAGGUACGGCACGUUUGUCGACUCGAUGCCCUCACUCCGCCGUUCCCAAAAUCUGAGUGGCCGAAGGUGCACAUACUCUUCACCCACUUUGCGGAACCGGUGCAGGACUCGGAGGAGCCGCUGCGGUGUGCACUGCUGCUCGACUAUCCAGUGGAGCUCCUGGCGGUUCACCUCCUAGACGAUGGCUAUUACAAGAGAGUCGACGGCAAGGACUGCUGGGAGGUCACUAGUGCUGGUCUGCAGAUGGAGGCCAUGAUCGGUGCUCUUCUGAAGCGCAUUGUGCCGACAGGGAGUGAGGUGGCCAUCACCAAGCGCGAUGUGGCCCCAGGUUCCAUGCCAGACUACCGCCAUGAGGUGGCGCCUGGAGGGUCCACUGUUGUUGAGUUCCAGGCGCCAGGUUUGCCUUUGGUCAGGCUCGUCGGCCGUAAGAAGGGCGCUGACACGUACAUGAAGACCGGGAAUCUGGAGAAUGCGCUUUGGAACAUCAUGGAGCGCGAGGUGAAUUUCGCGAUGCUGCUUGAUACCGACAUGGCCCCAUUCCCCGAGAUGAUUCAGAUGCAGCUAGCCCCUCUCCUGGAGUACCGCAAUGGACACUGGUGCCCGGACUGGCGCACAGCCUUCACUUCCAGCCCGCAGGCCUUCACCAACAUCGAUUCAGUGUGGGGAUCGCAUGACCCUAUGAACCAGCUGAACAAGUUCUUCUGGCGGGUCCUGCCCGCCGCGCUAGACAGCUUCGGGCUGGUUCAGUUCUGGGGCACGAAUGCACUUUUCUUUGUGCCCGCCUUGCGUGACUCUGGUGGCUUUGUGUACGGUUGCAUGACGGAGGACACCGUCACAGGAGCACAAAUACACCGCCUUGGCUGGCGCUCGCGCGUGGUGGGUGGCAACACGCUGACGCUGGCAAGAGGCCUUUGCCGUGAGACUGUGACUGAAACCUUUGAUCAACGGAAGCGCUGGUGCCAGGGAAACGUGCAGCAGCUUCUCAUGGAGUGGGACCCCCCAUGGUUGCUGCACAAUAAGUUCCGCUUUGCCCCCCAGCGGCGCCAGUACUGGGCCCGCGUGGCGCAUCUUGCUGACGGUGACAGCCGGGGCGAUGUCCCGAAACCCCUGGCGCCAGACGACUCAGGGGCUGUGGCGCGCCAGAGACGGCGAAGGCCCAUGUGGAAGCUGCACCGGGAGUUGGCGUAUUUUAGUACGAAGCAUGCUGUGCUUUUCCAUGCGCAGCCCAUCUACUACUACUUUGUGACACUUCUCACCGUCCUUUUCGGGAAGACGCCCAUGGUGAUGGAGGAACAUGCCAAUACCGCGGUGCUUUUCUGGGUCGUCAGUGGCCUGGCCAACUUCUUCUCCUACUCCGCCGCUUUGAGCGACCCCAAUGCCAACAACGCCCUAUGGGGCACGCUCCAGGAGUUUUGGGGCUUUGCCUGGGUCAAGCUCCUCGGAAUCAUUGAGGGUGCUCUGGCAGCUGUGCAAGGUAAGCAGCCCCAGUGGAGGGCCUUCGGCAUGGCGGGGGACGUGAACCUGCUCUACGUGCUGCCCAAUGCCCUUGCCUUCCUUACCCUCCUCUCCGCGAUGAUCUCAGUCACUGUCAGCUACUGCCUGGACGUGCAGGGCAUCGGCGGCUUGUCCUUUCUGCCACAGCAGGCGACUACGACGCCCCCGCAGCUUGCCGGUUGUAUGGUGGCGGGCUUUUGUGUCUUAGUGCUCUUGUGGCCUGUCACCCGGUGCAUCUUUGCUGACCUUCUUGGAGUCCCAUACUACCAGAUGGCUGCCAUCGAGUCAACCUUCAUCGCAGCAACUUUUCAAGUCGGGAUUGGCAUCAUACUCUUCUUAUCUAGCCGGACCAUCCCGGAGCAGUGA